AUGGCCUCCUCGUCCUCCUCCUUCCUGCUCAUGGCGGUGGCGUUGGCAAAGACUUGCUUGCCGUCGGGUCGUGGUGUGCAACGAGCUCACCCUCACAAUCGGUGGGACUCCAGCUCCACCAAACUAUCCCUCAUCACCAACAUCGCCAUCUCCGAGGUGUCGGUCAAGCCGAAAGCGCCACAGACUUUCGGACGACCUCAAGGAGUCGCCAAGAAACACCUUUACCUUCGACGUGAAGGGAGCCGAUCAAGGACCUAUCUCCUUCGCUUGGCUGCGAAGGCUGGUGGCUACCGUGUUGUCGAUGAUGUCAUCCUCGCUGACUUUAAGGCCGUGCAGUUUACAAGACCGUGA